AUGAACACAGUGAUUGCAAGAGCGCGACGGAGGCGGCCUGUAUCAAGAGGAUUCUGGAGGCAAACUGUAGCUGCUGCGGGGCUGAUGGAGAGAUCGACUGUGCCAGCAGUGGGUUUAACAUUGUAUUGGGCCUUUUAUGUUGUAUGCGCCGAGGGGCGUCUUCCCCUGCCCCGCCUCGACGUAGAAGAUGAGCAUGGCGAGCAUGGCGAGGCGCGCGUGCUUGAUCUCGGCCACCUUGAGCCGGUCGAGCUUGUCCGCGUCGGGCACGUACACCCCGCCCUCAAGCGUGCCCGCGAACCCGAGCGGGUCGAAGAACUUGCCUCCCGGGUAGCCCUGCUCCCCCGUGGCAUUGGCGAAGUUGUCGGCCGUCCUCGACCACGGGGUGGCCCACUCCACCGACUGCGACUCCGGGUUGAAGAAGUCGACCCACCGCUUGCUCUCCACCCACCCCAUCAGCAGAAGCUGCGUCCCAAGCAGCGUCCCGAACGAGAAUGGGGCCACGGCCCCAGGGGCGGCCCCCGCCUCAAACCACGGGAUCCCGCUCCACGCCUGCCCCACGAAGAUGCCCACCACCGCGGCCAUCGCCCACCGCCCGUGGAUGAGCUCCGCCUCGCGGUACCACUUGAGGAACGCCGGGUCGCGCCCGAGCCCCAGCGGGUCGAAACCGUAGUCCCCCGCCAGCCUCCAUCGAGCCACUCGGGGUCAAUGAAGUUGCCGCCGCCCUUGACGGCCGGAAUCCAAGACUUCUUGGGGGCGACGGCAGCCGCUACAAUGAGCCGCUUGGGGGCCGCGGGCCGGGCGGAAGCAGGGGCUGAGAGCAGUGACUGA